CCGAUCCCCGCCGGGGGUUCCCGAUCCCCGCCGGGGGUUCCCGAUCCCCACCGGAGGUUCCCGAUCCCCACCGGGGGUUCCCGAUCCCCGCCGGGAUCGCGGCCGGGACGAGCCGGGCAUGGGCCGGACCUGCCGCGAGUCCAAUUUUUAUUACUACAGCAUCAAAUUCGCGCUCUCCGCCUACGCCACGCUCUUCUCGGUACCUGCUGGGCUGCUGCUGCUGGCGCUGGGCGCGUACGCGGCGGAGCGGCAGCGGCACCGCACGCUCGAGGGGAUUUUCCUGGCGCCGGCCGUGCUGCUGCUGCUGCUGGGCUCCUGCGUGUUCCUCGUGUCCUUCGUGGGCAUGGUGGGCAGCCUGCGCGACAACCGCGCCCUGCUCCGCACGUUCUUCUGGGUGCUGCUGCUCAUCUUCCUGACGGAGCUGCUGCUGAUCCUGGUGGAGAUCAUCUUCGAGAGCAAGAUGAACGAGGUUUUCCACUCCAACAUCCAGGAGGGAAUCCGGCACUACUACGACGACCUGGACUUCAAAAAUAUCCUGGAUUUUGUGCAGGAAAAGUUUUCCUGCUGUGGAGGGGAUGAAUUCCGGGACUGGGAGGUGAACCAGUACCACCGGUGCAACGGCAGCGGGGCCCUGGCCUGCGGGGUGCCCCACUCGUGCUGCGUCCGAGGGGCUCCCGGAGCAGUUGUGAACACCCUGUGCGGGUACCGCGCCCUGGACAAGGAGCGCCUGGAGCUGCUGGGCACCAUCCACGUGCGGGGCUGCAUCCACGCCGUGGGGCUCUGGCUCAAGGACAACUUCCAGGCCACGCUGGCCAUCGUCUGCUCCCUGCUGCUGCCCCAGGUGCUGGGCCUGGCCAUGGCCUGGCUGCACUGGCAGCAGCUGAACGAGCUCCGUUCCCGCUGGGAUUUCGUGGAUUCCCGGCCGGGCCCGGGCGCGGCCCCGCUGGAUCUGAGCGGAGCCGGCUGCUGCUGGUGCCUGCCCCGGGACGGCGGCUACGGCAGCACCGGGAGCACCGGGAAUAACGGGAGUACCGGGAAUGAUGAGAGCACCAGGAAAAACGGGAAUAAUGGGGACUACGAGAGCACCGGGAAUAACGGGGACACCGGGAACACGGAGAGCACUGGGAGCACCGGGAGCUACAGGAGCACCGGGAAUAACGGGAUUGACGGGGACAGUGGAGACACCGGGAGCGCCGGGAGCAUCGGGAAUACCGGGAAUAACGGGAAUGGCGGGAGCACCAGGAAUAACGGGAAUGACUGGGACACCGGGAGCACCGGGAACAACGGGGACAACUGGAAUAGCGGGGACACCGGGAUCAUCGGGAACAAUGGGAACAGCUGGAAUGGCGGGGACACUGGGAGCAUCGGGAAUAACGGGAACAGCUGGAAUGGCGGGGACACCGGGAGCAUCGGGAAUAACGGGAGCACCGGGAAUGGCGGCUGGGAGGAGGAGGAGGAGUUGGAUGAAGGAGCCGCCUUCCUCCGCAAAGUGUGAGGAGCGCUCGGACUCGGACUCAUAGCAGAACACGGAAAAAAAUGGGAUUUUUCCUCUCAGGUCCUGAAUUUUCUUUGUGAAAAAACAGGAUUUUUUCAUAUUUUGGAAAUAGGAAAA